AUGAGUGGGGCGAGGGGAGUGCCCGGCGGUGCCUCCCCGGGUCUGGGGGAACCUGCCCGUCGAUGCCGAUCGGGGCCCGGUGAUACCUCUUGGGGUCCCGGCGGUGCCUCCCUGUGUGCGGGGGAGCCGCUCUGGAGGGGCCUCCCAGGGCUCGGUGAUGCCUCCCCGGGUUCGGUGAUACGUUUUCGGGCCCGAAGGUGUCUUUUCGGCGAUACCUCCCACGGUUCCAGCGGUGCCUCCCUGGAUUCGGCGGUGCCUCCCGGGCGGUGCCUCUCUGGGUCCAGUGAUACCUGCCUGGGGUCCAGGUUUGUGCUCAGCAAUGAGACAACAUUGUACUUACCUCAUUACCUGAGAUUAGAUACUGUAACAGCCUCUAAUGAAAACAAAACGUUUCUUUUUUCCCUUUAGGUGCAGACAUUGCUCCAGCAAAUGCAGGACAAGUUUCAAACCAUGUCUGACCAGAUAAUCGGAAGAAUUGAUGACAUGAGCUGUCGCAUCGAUGACCUAGAGAAGAACAUCGCAGACCUCAUGACACAGGCAGGGGUGGAGGAACUGGAGGGCGAGAACAAGACUCCUGCUCCCAACAAGAGUUAAAGUUGCCAAUAACUCAAGAUGAAUCCUGGAAGACAACUCUUUCUUUUUUCUACAAAUCCUUGGAAUUACAGAAUGGCUUUUUGCAACUCUUGUGUGUAAAAGCAUUUUUAUAUUGUUCCAGAGCUUGCAUUCCUAAUGUACAUUGUAUAGUUAGGGCUAAGGUAGUUUAUAUUUUGAUUUGUGUACUGUAAUUUCACUUUUGGAAUUCUUGUUAUGAGGAUCAAUUGGAUGUGUUAUUAAAACACAGAUCUUACGGAUCUCAACUAUUGG